AUUGCGCGCUGGACCGGCUGAAAGCUAAAAAUUCUGAACUUUGUUGCCGUAGCUUUUGCGAAUUUUGGUUGAAUGUUGUCGUCCAUUAAUUUUCGCAAGUGGUGGAAUCCUGCCUGAGAGACAAGUCGCCCGGAAAUUUGCUUCAAACGGUGAAAUGGGUUGAUGUAAAACGCCUGGAAUAAGUUGGAUCACCUUGAAUAAUCCUAAUCUACAGAGCCUAUAAACAAACCGCUUUAAUAAAAUGAGCCAAAGCCAAACUGACAACGACUCGAUCAUUUUUGACGAGGGUGAAUUUCUCGAAAUUGACCGCAUCAUAUUAAAGAGCCAGAAAGAGAAACUAGAGGCCGCGAUCAAUUUGUCACCGCCUGUCGAGGAUACCACUUGUCAUGUCCAUCAGGCCUCAAAUUCCCUAAAGAGGAAAAGCAACUCGCCAAUUAGGACUCCAGAAACACCUGUCCGUUCAUCUGCCAAGUGCAAAAAGCCCCUGACUGAGUUGAACAGCCAGUCGGGAAGCUCGUCAAACAGUGGCAAGACAUCCCAGGAGGAAAUCUCUCAAAGCCAGCUAAGCGUGUUUGCCUUCGGUCAAGAUUUGCAGCAAAUAUUGAUAUCCAAUGCAAACAAAUCCAUAUUUGAGACUCCCAAGCGAGGCAGUUUAUUAGGGAUAGUACCUUCCUUGGCCACUCAAGAAUGCACAUUGGGCUUUGAAUUUUUAGGACCAUUCUAUGGGCUUCCACAAAGAGUGCCAGAGCUGCUCAAGGAGCACAAAGGAGUUGAGAAGUUAUAUGACUGGCAGACGGAGUGUCUUGCCUUGAAAGCUGUUCAAGAGAGAAGAAAUCUGAUUUACUCCAUCUCAACAAGUGGUGGUAAAACUCUCGUUGCAGAGAUUCUGCUGUUUCGCGAGCUUCUGUGUAGGAAGAAGAAUGCAAUCCUGGUGCUUCCGUACGUCUCUAUUGUGCAAGAAAAGGUCAGGUCUUUGUCUCCCUUUGCUCUGGAUCUAAACUUUCUGGUUGAAGAGUAUGCUGCUGGAAGAGGAGUUUUGCCUCCGAAGAAAAGGUUGUGGAAGAAUGUGGUGUUUGUGGCCACCAUCGAGAAAGCGCUUAGCUUAUUCAAUUGCUUGGCUGAGGAAAAGCGGCUACAUGAAAUUGGACUGGUAGUUGUUGAUGAGAUUCAUAUGGUCGGAGAGCCUGGAAGAGGUGCUACUUUGGAAACUCUUAUAGCCAAGUUUAUGUAUGCGUCACCCGAGACUCAGAUCGUUGGAAUGAGUGCCACAGUUGGAAAUUUGCCUGAAUUGGCCUCUUUCCUAAGAGCUGACACUUACUCGAAGGAGUUUAGACCUGUGGUCCUGAAAGAGUUCAUCAAGAUCAACGAUAGGCUGCUUCAAAUCAAUGAUAAGUCUGAUAAUUUGUUCUGCCCUAAAAGAGUUCUUGAAAGUGAUGACAAGAAAAAUGAUCCUGAUUGCUUGAAACAGUUGUUGAUGGAAGUAGCACCUGAAAAGUCGUGCCUGAUUUUUUGUGCUACGAAGAAGAAUUGUGAAAAUGUCGCUCUGCUCCUGGCCAGAGGAAUGGAUAAAAGUUUGAAGAAUUUCAAGGGAAAAGAAAAACUUGAGCUCUAUAAUGCUUUGAAGGAAGAAGGCAAUGGUGUCGUUUGCGACGUUUUAAAGAGGACCCUCCCCUAUGGGGUUGCUUACCACCAUUCAGGGCUAACCAUGAACGAACGAAACCUUUUGGAAGAGGGUUUUCGAGCUGGUGUUAUUUGCUGUCUCUGCUGCACUUCAACUUUGGCUGCUGGAGUGAACCUUCCUGCUAAAAGAGUCAUCCUGAGAACCCCUAAGAUAGGAACAGAGUUCUUGAAUUUGAGCCGUUACAAGCAAAUGGUUGGGCGAGCCGGACGUGCAGGAAUGGACGAUUGUGGAGAGAGUAUCAUGAUUUGCCAGGAAUCAGAGCUUGAAACUGUGCGCAAUUUUUUGGGAUCAGGCAUGACGUUGUGCUACAGUCAACUGAAGGAAAAUCCCAACAUAGUUGAGGGUCUUGUCCUAAGUCUCAUUGGACUGGGACUUGCAACCUCUUGCGAGCAGCUUUGCCACUUCAUGGAAGAGUUCACCCUCUUUGGAAAACAGACCAACAACAAAUCGCAAGUUCGAAAGCUGGUGGAGAGCGUCAUUUCUGGUUUGUACAAAAACCAAGUCCUUACCUUGAAAGUCGACCUACCUCUGCUUGAAGAGGACAGCGAGCUGAAAGUUAGCCCACUUGGAAGGGCAGCUAUGAAAUCUAAUCUGACUAUGGAGAAUGCAAAAAAUAUCCUUGAAGAUCUGAGCCAGGCCCAAGGUGCCCUUAACCUCUUGUCCCCGCUCCAUCUUCUUUAUCUAGUUGUCUCUCCUGAAAGAGCUGCUUGCACAAGAUUUAUGCCUUCGGUUUUUGCUAAUGUCUUCAGCAAAGUAUCUGCCAAUGACAAGAAGACUGCAGAUCUUAUUGGAAUCAAUGAGGGUGUCAUUGCCACACUUUUGAGGGGCUGCAAACCAAAAUCUGUUCCAGAAACAAGCCUGAUUCGUUUUUACCUUGCUCUUCUUCUGAGUGCCAUGUGGGAUGGCCAAAUGAUUUGGGAUGUUUCCGAUAAGUUUGAACUACCUAGGGGAGAUAUUCAGUCACUGAUGGUUGCCUCUGCUAGUCAAGCCUCUAACGUCAAACUAUUUUGCCAAGAAUAUGAAGGCUCUCUGUGGUGCUUCCAUUCCUUACUGUCCAAGAUUUGUGAUAGGCUCUCUCAUUGUGGCUCUGCCGAGAUUAUGGAGUUGAUGGAUCUGCCGGCUGUGAAAAAGGGCCGAGCUCAGCAGCUUUACAAAGCUGGAUACAAAACGCUUCUCGAAGUGGCAUCUGCAAAUCCUAAAGAAAUGGCCAGCAAGAUUGAGCAUUUGCCAGGGAAGGUUGCCAAUCAACUUGUCUCAUCUGCUAAGAUGCUGCUCAUGGAGAAGGCCGAGUCCUUGCGAGAAGAGGCAGAAAUAGUUUUUGGGUCUAUGAAAGAACAACUUCUAGAAAGCUUCAGCCAGUCUCCUAACAGAACCCUGAACCAGUCUGUGCUUUUGUAACGGAAAAGUCUUGUGCCAGUUGUGCCUUUUUAGAUUGUGAAACUUGAAUUCUCAAAUUACAAUGAAAAAGUAUUACUCAUCAAUUCAGGUUAGAGAUGAAAUUAUUUUUCCACUAAAAUUUGUCAUAAAAUAAUUGUACUGAUAUGAGCUAUUGUCUAAAAUUAUGCAAGCAAAAUAAAUUAAA